CUACUCGAGGCUUACUGAGCAUAAACUUACACACAUUUACUUGUGAGAGCACAGCACACUCAUUUCUAUAGUAUUUCUUACAGGGCUCCUCCACUGAAGCAUUUGGUGGUUACAUCACUCACUUAAAAACUCUUAGAUGCUGGCAGGUUUUGAAGGCGCAAAGAGCAUUUCUGCAGUCACGCUCUCCACCGAAACCCGCUUCCAUCACUUGCUGUGCGCUGCCGCCCAUCUGCACCAUUAUCUGCCUGGGAAAGUUGAAGCAUAACAAAACUGCAGCCAGGGUAAACAACAUGUGAACAGCAGUAUACGAGGACAUCAUGUAGAGGCUGCUUUGUGUUUGUGAGCACAGCAUGUGUGUGCUUGUGUGGAAGAGUACCUACAGGUGUCCCCUUGGAAUUAUUCGGUGUCUGGAGGGUUUCUGUUGUCUUGGAUGCAGUUUUACUUCAGUCAGCCAGAGAGGCAGAGAGGACAGGACCGACGCCCGGCAGAGAGAAACACAAUAUCCUCGCUUCAACCUCAGGCGUACCAGUGGACACAUGGCGGGCCUGGCAGCUCUCUGCCUGCUGCUGGUGUUUCCACUGAGCAGCUCCCAGAGCACCCUGCAGUCUGAGCAAAAGAUCAAUGCCCAUCAGGCCCCAGCUGCGCCUCCCUCUCCUCCACACAUACGGGACCUGCUCAGAAAAGAGGAAACCACUCAUUUAAAUGCAAAACGGACGUAUGCCCAUGUAGACAAAGAUAACGCCAAAGUGGGUCUGUUCAUUGCUGCGGCCAUGGGAACCUUCGCCCUGAUGGCUGCAGUGUACUGCAUCUACAACAAGUUCUACACCAAACACCAGUACCUGCAUACCCAGCUUCACGAUGACUCUGAUUCAACCACAGAUAACAUGGACCCUCCCCCUGUGUUUUACCACGCAUCUGCUGGCCCCAGUGCAGUAGAUGUGCGGAGGGCCGGUUACGGCUCAGUCUCAGCCACUCCAUCCAUCAUCUCUGUGCCACCCAGCCUGUCCCCUCCUCCCUCUGCCAUGCCCUUCCCUCCCGUCUUCCUCUCCUCUCAGUCUCUGAGAACUAUAUCAGCCAGGGACCUGGAGAAAAGCUGCAUCUGAUGUUGAAUGCUUAGUCCUCAGUAUGAAAGCAGAAGUAGUAGUUUCUUAAUUGCUCAUUUUGUUUUUCAAUACCGCAACACACAUCCGACUUAGUUGUAAUUUUGCAGGCAAAUGGCUUUGCACAAGCAUUCGGUUUUUUUAACAAUAGGAAACUGCAGAAGACGAGACAGUUAGCAACAGUUGGUUGUGAAAUAUACCGAAGAAUUGUGCUGUGAUGAAGUAACUCAUCCAUCUGCCGCAACUGCCAAAUCUGCCCCAAAUAUGUAUCUAUGUAUCAAUAUCUUUCCUGCACCUUAUCUCACACCAGCCAUCCUCUCAGUAGUUGUCCAGUGUGGUACCGGAAAAAAUAAA